AGACUAAUUCCAGAGAGUCAGAGAACCAAAAACACAUAGUAAAAAACAGAGAGAGAAAGAGACAGAUCUCCAACUUUCUUCUGCUCCUUCUUCUACUCUCUUUGUUAUCAUCAAACCAAGAUACCCAUACUCUGUUGACUUUUGGUACGCAGCACUGUUGUACUUGGCAGAUGGACGUUAUCAGUUUUGGCAUUAUGUUGUAAUUAUUUAGGUUCAGUUUCUGCUACUAGAAAAUGAUGCUCUCUGUGUGAUCACUGUGUUCCUUGUUAUCAACAUGUGGAGUUUUGCAUCCAACUGCAUUGCUGGAACUGUUGGACUGAGAAAUGAUUCUCUAAAGCAAAGUCAUGCUGCAUCAGAAUGUUCAGAUGAUGAAAGUUCUUCUGUAGUUAGCAGGGAAGAAGGCUUAGAGUGCCCAAUAUGCUGUGAAUCCUUCAACAUUGUAGAAAAUGUGCCCUAUGUUUUAUGGUGUGGUCAUACCCUUUGUAAAAACUGCAUUCUAGGACUUCAAUGGGCUGUUGUGAAUUUUCCUACUCUUCCAAUUCAACUUCCGCUAUUUAUCUCAUGUCCAUGGUGCAAUCUCUUGUCUUUUCGUCUGGUUUAUAGGGGAAAUCUCAAGUUCCCGCGGAAGAAUUAUUUUCUACUUUGGAUGGUCGAGAGCAUGAAUGGUGAUAGACUGAAGUCUCAUUCUGCUUUCUGUGAGGAUCGUCAGCCAGACUGGUCUUCAAACAACAAUUUAGCUUUGGGAAACCAUGUGACUCGGAGUAACCACGGAAGGGGACAAUGCCCUCAUUCUGAGUCAUCCGGAUCAAGCCACAAUCAUAUUCAUCUAGCCAAUUACUUCAAUUUGGAAAGAAUAAAGUCUUCCCUUCGGAAAUCUCUGGUGUUAAUUAUACAUCUGACAGCCAAGUUCCCCCUGGUCAUCAUAUUUCUCUUAAUCAUCCUCUAUGCAAUACCUGCCAGUGCAGCCAUCUUGGCCCUGUACAUACUUAUUACUGUUUUGUUUGCUCUCCCUUCAUUUCUCAUUUUGUACUUUGCGUAUCCUAGUUUAGACUGGCUUGUUAAAGAGAUCAUUACUUGAGAUGGUAUCAAUUUCAUGGUCAGCAAGCAUUGUGAAUAUAAGUCUGUUCCUACAGUGGGAUACUUGAUUGCACCUGAAGGCCAUUAAAUCUCCAAUUUGACGACUUAUCAGUGUCCAAGGUAAUGGCAGUUCUUCCUCAAAGCUUCUUGAUCUCUUCUUCGCUGAUAGGAGUGUAAUUGUUUUGAUUCUUAAACUCGGGAUUUGAUUAUCCAAUGACAACCACAGUUUCCAGAUGUAGUACCUAAUGCUGUGUAUAACAGAGGUCUUGGUUAGUAUACUGUUGGAAAUAGGUACGUAAAGUCUUUGUGAAAGCUCAAGUACGCAUGUAUUUGUACUUGGACAGUGAGACUGUUAUUAUUAGAUAUAUGUUAUAGAUAUGUGAUUUUUCUGCUUA